AUGUCAAAGGUUCAGUUUGGCCAGGACUCUGCUCAAGCCAAGCAGCUCGGCCACCCAGACAGCUCAAAUCCCUUCAAGACGCGCCCAACCGCUGCACCGCUGCACCCCACCACUCCCCUCUCACGCGUCAUUGGAGUGCGCCUGCCCGGAAGGCCUGAUCUCUGGGACGUCUUCAUCUCCGCCGGCCGCAUAGCGUCGGUGGAAAAGCAUGACCCUGCUGCCCCACGUCUCAGCCAUCUCUCGGGCAUUUUGGAUGCAUCCGAGCAGCUUCUUGCGCCGAGCCUCUGCCACGCCCAUGUCCACCUGGACAAGUGCUUCCUCCUUCAGGAUCCCAAGUACAGUGACCUGGAGAUUGUUGAAGGAGAUUUCCAAGAAGCCAUGACCCUCACCGGCAAAGCGAAAGCCCGGUUUGAAGAAGGGGAUCUUCUGCGUAGGGGAAGACGGUUGAUUGAAGAAAGCAUUAAGCACGGCGUGACUGCCAUGCGUGCCUUUGUCGAAGUCGAUAACGAUGUGCACUUCAAAUGCCUCGAAGCGGCCUUGAAUUUGAAGAAAGACUUUGAGAGAACAUGUACGGUCCAGAUUUGCGUCUUCGCCCAGCUGCCCUUGUUCUCUGGGGAGGGUGGCGGAGACGCUGUUCGAAAUCUUCUUUCUGAGGCUGCCAAAAGGGAAGGUGUUGAUGUGCUAGGCAGCACGCCAUAUGUCGAGAGCGACAAGUCCAGAAUGGGAAUGAACGUUCAGUGGAUCAGCACGUUGGCAUUAGACAACGAGAAAUUCCUUGAUCUCCAUAUGGACUAUCAUCUCGACAAAAGCAAGGAGCCUUUUAUAUGGGAUGCUCUGGAACUCAUCAAAGAGACGCACUGGUUGGACCGGAACGGAAAAGGAAUCACAAUGGGUCACUGUACUCGUUUGACGCAAUUUGAAAAGGCCGAAUGGCAAAGGCUUAAGCAGACCGUUGGUGACUUGCCGGUGUCUUUUGUCGGAUUACCGACAAGUGACCUGUUCAUGAUGAGGACCGAAAACAAUGUCAGAGGAACACUGCACGUGCCGAAGAUGAUCCAAGAACAUGGUUUCCAAGCAGCGUUUUCUGUCAACAACAUUGGCAACGCGUUCACACCGCAGGGUAACUGCGAUCCUCUCACGGUUGCAAGUUUGGGAGUUGGCAUUUACCAGGCGGGCACCAAGAAGGAUACUGAAAUUCUUUACCAAUGUGUCUCGACCAGGGCAAAGGCAGUAAUAGGGCUCGGUAAAUCUACUCUUGACUUAAAACCUGGCGAUCCAGCAGAUUUCAUCAUCUUCGGCAGCGCCGGUGCGGAUUGGAAGAAUAGAAAGAGCGUCGCAGAAGUAGUUUACGACGCCGGGUCCGCAAGGACGACGGUAAAGGACGGCCGAAUCACAAGUCAAUAG